AUGGAUUCCUUGGAUGCGGCCGCCUGGUUGGAGCACAGCCUUGUGCUGUGCGACAAGUCCUACCUACCGCACGAGUACACUCCAAAGGAACUGGGCGUCAUUACCUUCUUGGCCCCAGAAGACGUUCCAGUUCAAAAUCAGGGCAAGUACUGCGGCAACUUGCUGGGUCUUGCCGCAUUUAGCAGCACGCUAUGUGGAGCCGACCUUCAAGCUGUCCGCUUUACCAAUGCCAAUGUCGUUGUUUAUUCCCAUUCGAGCUUUCUUCUCGCGCUCUCGGGCCACUGGAGCAUGGACACGAGCGCGCUUGCUUCACAGUUGCGCCAAAUUGUCGAUGGCAUCCAGUUUUACCACAAUGGCUUUGAAUUCAUUAAAGCGCCUCUGCCAAUCGCAAUUGGUGCCUCAGCUUUGCGCUUCACCGCUCAGCCACAACCCCGGCCCUAUUUGUUCCAUGCUUUGGCGUGUAGUCGCAUCGUCUGCUCGCAGCUGCCUGAUGCCAUCUUAGACCACAUUAUGCUCUUCCUGCGUCCUCAGUUUACCACAUCGUUUGGCGAGCUGGAGCGACGCCAAUUGGCCAAGCGGGCGACCCACAUUCGCGAAGCCAUGCUGGCCAGUGGCGGCCCUGUCCCCUUUAUUAGAUGCUACGUUGACUUUGCGACCAACUGCCGCUCAGAGCUCUGCUUCAUCGGCAGCGAGUUUGUGCAACUUCUCGUGACCAUCGGGCAAGCACGUGAUGAGGUCGAGGCUACCCGCCUAGGCGAACGCAUGCUGGCGGCUGGUCUGAUAACCAAUAUUUGCCACCGCUACGGCUUUCUCAACAGCAAUAAUCGAUACUAUCGUUUCCAAGAGGACGAGAAGCGUCUGCAAGAGAGCCGGCGUCCCAACAGCGGGGCCGAUCUUGACACGCCUGACAAAACGACUCGGACAUUGUCUCGCAAGAGUCUACCGGCCAUUCCAGCGCUCACACCUACCCCAGUCAACAGCCUAAACGCUUCGUUCUUGGACUCACCCUCUACGCCCACGGCGCAAAGCACGAGUAUUCGCCCGUCCAGCCGCCAUUCAACCCGCACCUACUCGCCCAAAUCCGCCGGCCGUCGUCACAACCUCUCGUCAUCGAGCAGCACCUCCAGUCUUGUGCCGGCUGUCUCACCCCGCCGCUUGCAGUCCCCCCUUGUGAGCCAGAGUGGCAUGGCUGCCAAUGUUUUUGGCCCCAACCGAGCCCAGAGUCGCAACCCAUCUCUGCGGCAGAUGACACCCUCCGCCUUUGAGGCGCGCGUCAGCUUGGGCACACACCACUUGCGUCUUGCUGACGAUGCACACGUCUUGACGGUCUUCGCUCAGGAUCGACACCUUGAUUCGGUGGAGAAGGACAUGGCUGUACCCGUGGAUGCAUUUGAAAACCUCAACCUGGACGCAUCACAUGUGCAACGGUCGCAAUUUUCCAUGUAUCCCCGGCUCGAAACGGAUCUCAAUCUGGGCCUGGCGUCUUUCAGCCUGUCGCGGCCUGGUCAGGCCUCUGUGACGGCUGCGCCGCUACCAGCCAACUCGCAGGCUUCAAGCUUGAGCUACUACAGCCCUGAGCAGCCCGGCACGCCAGCAACCGCCGGCAUGGCCACCAUUACAGAAACCGACGAGGCCACCAGCACCCGAGGCAGUCAAAGCAGUCGCGUGACUGAACCCUUUUCUCCUAGCGUCUCUCGCGUGCCGUCAUUGGCGCUGGACGACCGGCUUCAGCACUAUUUUGAGCACAUCCCUGCGCGCAGCGAGGAGGCACGAUCGCAGUGUCAUCUGUACUUGCAGCGUCAUGAAGAUACCCUCGUCGCCGUUCUUGUGGACGCCAGCCACCGUGAUGCCGCGGCUGUGCUAGGUACCUUGCCGGCCAUCCUGCGCCCGCAUAUUACUCGCUGCCAAGCCUCGCUUAAGGAGGCGGUGGAGAAACGCGAAGAUAAGGAGCACAACUUCAACUACCUCACAUACAAUCCUGUCACUAACAACCUCGACGGCGAAUGUGGCGCCGACUGGCGCAAGCCGGAGCUGCGUUAUCUGCCCGAUUCGGACAUGGGAACCAACUUUGUUAAUGGCAUUGCUGCAUCGCGGGCAUGUCUUGCGGCGGAAGUGAGCGGGGACGUGAUUUUGCGCAAGGGUCCCUCCAGUCUGUUCACCUACAAGAUGUGUGACCACGAGUUUCACUACCAGGCACACUACGACCGACACCCCGAGCCUUCCAAGGAAGGCUUUGUCACCGCGCCCAGCUCAUACCCUCUGAAUACGGAGUUUUACGACAUGCCGGCUACGGCCAUCUCGCAACUGAGCGAAGCACUCAACGUGCCUCUCACUUGA